AUAAAGUUGAAUUACGUAACACGUUGACUUUUUAGUACUUCACAUAAAGAUAUAGCUAUAUUAUAUUUAAUAUUUGGUAUGGUAUCAGCUAUGGUAGCAACUGGUAUGUCAGUAUUAAUAAGAAUGGAAUUAGCUAAUGGUAAUAGUCAAUUCUUUUAUAAUAACCAUCAAGCAUUUAAUGUUAUAGUAACAGGACAUGCUAUAGCUAUGAUAUUCUUAUUUGUAAUGCCUGUAUUAAUAGGAGCUUUUGGUAACUUUUUUGUACCUAUAUUAAUAGGUGCUGUAGAUAUGGCAUUUGCUAGAUUAAAUAAUAUAAGUUUCUGAUGUUUACCACCUGCAUUAGUAUGUGUUAUAGUAUCAGUAUUUAUAGAAUCAGGACCAGGUACAGGAUGAACAGUUUAUCCACCAUUAUCAAGUAUAGGUUCACAUUCAGGACCUUCAGUAGAUUUAGCUAUAUUUGCAUUACAUUUAACAACAAUAUCUAGUUUAUUAGGUGCUAUAAACUUUAUAGUAACUAUAUUAAACAUGCGUACAAUAGGUAUGCAUAUGAUAAAUAUGCCAUUAUUUGUAUGAGCUAUAUUCUUUACAGCAAUAUUAUUAUUAUUAUCAUUACCUGUAUUAACAGCUGGUGUUACUUUAUUAUUAUUAGAUAGAAACUUUAAUACUGGUUUCUACGAAGUAGGAGCUGGAGGAGAUCCUAUAUUAUAUGAGCAUUUAUUCUGAUUCUUUGGACAUCCAGAGGUAUAUAUAUUAAUAAUACCUGGAUUUGGAAUAAUAUCACAUAUAGUUUCAACAUAUUCUAAAAAACCUAUAUUUGGAGAAGUAGGUAUGUUAUAUGCUAUGGGAUCUAUAGGAUUAUUAGGUUUCUUAGUAUGAAGUCAUCAUAUGUAUAUAGUAGGUUUAGAUAUAGAUUCUAGAGCUUACUUCACAUCAGCUACAAUGAUAAUAGCUGUACCUACAGGUAUAAAAAUAUUCUCAUGAUUAGCUACUUUAUAUGGAGGAGAAAUAAGAUUAGGAGUACCUAUGUUAUUUGCAUUAGGAUUCUUAUUCUUAUUCACUAUAGGUGGUUUAACAGGUGUUAUGUUAUCUAAUGCAUCUAUAGAUGUAGCAUUCCAUGAUACAUAUUAUGUAGUAGGUCACUUCCAUUAUGUAUUAUCUAUGGGUGCUUUAUUUAGUUUAAUAGGAGCUUAUUAUUAUUGAGGUCCAGCUAUGUUUGGAUUAAAUUAUAAUAAAGUUUGAGCUGAAAUACACUUCUGAUUAUUAUUUAUAUCAGUUAACAUAAUAUUCUUACCUAUGCACUUCUUAGGUUUAAACGGACAACCUCGUAGAAUACCUGAUUAUCCUGAUGCUUUCAUAGGUUGAAACUAUAUUAGUAGUAUAGGUUCAGCUAUAUCUAUAAUAUCAGUAUUAGCAGGAUUAAAAAGUGUAUUAGUUCAAUUAGAAAAUGGUACUAAUGAAGAGUUUGAUACUCAAGUUACUCCAGAUUUCUUAGAAGCUAAUUUAACUAGAUCUAAUAGAGAUCAUGCUUUAGAAUUAAUAUUAAGUAGACCUGCUGAAUUCCAUACUUUCAGAGAAUUACCUAUAUUAGUUACACCUAGAUAA